CUGGCAACCCAGUGCUUUCCUUGUAUGGCGGUAAAUUUGAACAUGGGAUCCGCGGAUCCGACUUAAAACUACUGCAAUAUAAUGAAUUGCUAUUCUGUGGCGAAUAAAACUACAAAAAUAUAAAGGUGACAACAUUUCACAAUUAUUUCAUAAAACAAUACUUCACCAUUCAUUAGUUUACCUAAAGCCAUGUAACAAAACUCAUCUAAGCGAAGAAAUCAAUAACUUAGACAUGUAACCCGCCUAUUUUAAGUCGUCAAGCAUCCCACUGGACAAUAUCCCAGUCUGCGACUUUUCCGCAUACACGUCUGACGGAAAUUUAGGUCAAGGACUGGAAAAGUCGUCCCAACCUAAAUAAAAGAUUAGCUUUCACCACCAGCUGUAAAAAUGUCGUUAAAGGCAUACGAAGAUGCGUGUAUUAGGGCAGAGUUAUUCGGACAGCCCAAGCCUGACAAAGAAGAGUUUUUAGAAAAACAUAAACACUUGGAUAUAGUGGAGUUUGAAGAAGUGGAUAUCAAAACCACUGUCAGUGAGAAUACGGCCAUGCUAGAUGAAAAUAUUCAACAGACUGGUGGUGGACUCAAUGAGUUAAAUUCUAUUUUAAAUUCUACGCAAACGAAAAUUAAUCGAUUGAAGGGCGUUUGCGGCAGCUUAACUAAUUUCUUCCGCGUUAAACUAUCAGCGAAAGACAACCUAUCCUACUCCAGUGAACAGAGUUACGUCGGCCAAACAAACUAUGACAAGGACUCUGUCCCAGCGAGGACUGAGCUUGGCUCUAUAAACCAAGACCUUGGUCCCAGUGACAACGAAAUGACGCCGCGCGCGGGAAAAUCUCAAGAUGGCGGAAAUUUAAACGACGCGUUGGACGAUUUGAAAACGAUGCAGAAAAACGACUCGACGGCCGCUGCUUUUAAGGAAGCGGGGGCUAUGGUGAAAGGGCUCUUCAGUAGGGAGUCCCUACGAUGAAGAAACCAGCUGGAAUAUUUAUAGAAGGUAAAGGUAUGGACUGAUGGGCAUAUUGGGCAUUGAAUCUCAAAUGCGAGCUUGUGGGUGUGCCCAUCUAAAAGAAUGAAAACCGAAGUUCAUAAACUUCGGAUAGCUUUCUUGAUCAAUCAAAUUACCUACUCCUUUAUUGAAAAAGAAGAAGAUUCCGGCAGUUUCGAUGAGCUUCGGUGUUCGGUGUAGAUCCCGAUCUGGCGAAUGCGCCGCGAAUACUAAACUUAGCGCCUUUCCUGAAUCACUUGAAGCACUGAACGUUUGCUGCGCGAUGACAUGCUAUUAUAAGUAGGCGUAUUUAACAGACGACAAAGAAGAUGUUUGCCUAUAAACUUUAGGAAUAAAAUCCAUAUUUUUCUGUAUUUCAUGGCCUGGAUCAUGGCUCGUUUACGCCAAAUCUCAUAAUUCAAUGUUGUCGCGUAACAUCUUAAAGUCUGACCAGUUUUUUUUUUUUUUAUACUACGUCGGUGGCAAACAAGUAUACGGCCCGCCUGAUGUAAAGCGGUCACCGUAACCUAUGGACGCCCGCAACU